AAGCCACAUUGAAGUUCUGAGCAGUGCCUCGCCAUUGCCAUCUGGCCUAUAAAAUGGUCAGCAUACGCUGUCGGCUCUUUCCAUCUCACUCCGCCAGCCAAAACCCAGCAGGACUUCUCCGCUCUUUCUCUUGUUGCUGUAGAGAGUUUUGACAUGGAUAUCCUCACAGACGAGCAGAUUAUUGAGUUCCAAGAAGCUUUCUGCCUCUUUGACAAAGAUGGAGAUGGAUGCAUCACACUGGAAGAGCUAGGCACAGUCAUCAAAUCAUUGGGUCAAGACCCAAGUGAAGAAGAGCUGCAGGAAAUGAUCAGGGAAGUUGAUUCGGAUGGCAAUGGAACUAUAGAGUUUGGGGAGUUUUUGAAUCUAAUGGCCAGAAAAGUGAAGGAGACUAAUAUAGAGGAAGAACUCAAAGAAGCUUUCAAGGUCUUUGACAAAGAUCAAAAUGGCUUUAUCUCAGCUACUGAGUUGUUGCAGCUGAGGAAUGUGAUGAUAAACCUUGGGGAGAAGUUGACUGAUGAAGAGGUGGAUCAAAUGAUUAGAGAGGCUGAUCUGGAUGGAGAUGGGCAGGUGAAUUAUGAGGAAUUUGUGAGAAUGAUGAUGGCUGUCUGAUUCAUCUGUUCAAAUGGAACAUUUUGGAUGAUGCACAUCUGAAUUCCCAGGCCCUGUUUCAAGAAACCACAGCUUGUUAAUGUUCUUUUGUUCCAGUAGCAAAUAUAAUCCUAAAUGCUAAUUUUUUCUUCCAAAUUGUGUCCAACAAAGUGAACCUACCUUCUGAUCUGAUUUAAGAAUCUGAUACAUCUUUGAUCAAGUGAGAUUGUGCAAGAAAAGUAUGUACAAGAGGAGAAGCUGACAGAAUUACAAACAAAAGUUACCAUCAUUCAUUCUCAUAUUGAUCUA